AUGGCAGACCACAAAGACACAGACGGCUUUAAGGUCCAAACAGCCAAACACCCGAACAUCAACGCGGUGCCCAUGAGGCCCCACAACGACCAGUCCCGCGACCGCACCUCCAAGCGCCUCUCCACCGAGUCCAACGGCACCAGUGACGGCGGCGUGGGCUCCUCUACCCCCGUGGAGAUCACCGCUCUGGAGGAGGCCUUCCGCCGCUUUGCCAUCCACGGAGACACUCGCGCCACCGGGAAAGACCUGCACGGAAAGAACUGGUCCAAACUGUGCAAGGACUGCGGAGUGAUCGACGGGAAGAACAUCACCCUGACCGACGUCGACAUCGUCUUCAGCAAAGUCAAGAAGAAAUCGUGCCGAACCAUCACCUACGACGAGUUCAAGGCGGCGCUGGGGGAACUGGCCAGGAAGAAGUACAAGGACAAGAGCGGCGAGGAGGCGGAGGCUGAGGUCUUCAAACUCAUCGAGGGGAAGGGCCCCAUCAUCGCAGGAGUUACACGAGCCGUCGCCUCUCCCACCGUGAGCCGCCUGACCGACCCCACCAAAUUCACCGGGUCGCACAAGGAGCGAUUCGACAACUCAGGCCGUGGGAAGGGCAAGGCCGGGCGGGUCGACAUCGUGGACACAUCUGGCUACGUCUCCGGAUACAAACAUAAAGGAUCCUAUGAGAAGAAAGUGACCCACCCACCGAAAUAA